AUGUUCCCUUCUCGACUAGACAAGACGCAGAACUUGACAUUCAACUUAGAUCGGUUUUCCACAACUUACUCAUUCGAGGAAACAGUUCAGACAGAGUUCACCAACACUCAAGUCUAUUACAAUGGAAACGACACGAUGGUACAAUUGACCUCACGAGCUUUGCACUAUAUCAUGACCGAGAACGAGGUGUCAAGCCGCCAUGGCGAUUUCCUCGUUAGCUCCGCAAACGUCACUAUCCCAACCCAGCUCAGUGCACAGGUUUUACAUCAGAUCCCUCUUGCACAAAACGGUGUCACAGCGCAUUGCUUAACUGCAUACAACACACGAUACACUACAGUGGAUAUGCCAGUAGCCUACUCUCUGGAUGGUGGUACUUCUAUCGGCAUUGUUUCUAGUCUAAAGAACCUAAUUCAGUAUUUUCUCGACUAUGGUGGCUCUCAAGACACACCAGUCAACGUCAUACCACCCGUCUGGGUUGCUUCGCCUGAACCUGGUUCUUCUUCAGUUGUUGGCACCUUCAUUCAGAGCAAUUGCGCUGGCCUGGAGCAAUACAUGAUUUCGGAUUUACUGCUCAACAAAUUCAAUCAAUCUGUGCUGUUGUCCAGUUCUUGUUUAUCUACAAAGACUUGUACAGUAGCCGCUUUCUGGGAGCCGUCUCAACACGAACUGGCAGCAGACAGUGGUUCUUGGGUGGUCCGCACAGGCUCGCUCUCGAACUCCGGGCAUGGCUUACCCAAAACUACGCGGCCGAUUUCCGCUGAUUUCGGCAGCAUCACUGGCUUGAGCAACCCGUCAUUUGGCGCCAUGUUAUCCAAAGGUUCACAAAGUGACAGCACCAGACUAGCCGCCGCGUUAGCUACCGUCUUUUCCGAGAUUCCUUGGAAAGAGCAAAUACAAAGCGCAUCUGGGCAUGAGCCGUAUACGGUAUUCGAAAUCGUCUUAACGCGUCUUGGCUACGGAUACGAGAUGUCGUCUACACCUACACGCUUAUCGCUAGCCGUUGUCAUGGCAUACUGCAUGUUCGCUGUCGGAUACAUAACAUACAUGCUCAGUAGCGGCCACACAUCCACGGCAUGGAGUUCGGCAACUGAGAUCAUUGUUCUUGCGAUGCAGUCAAAGCGCAGCGAGCAUUUGCGCCAUGUUUCGGCUGGCAUCAACUCCAUAGAAACGUAUCAGGAGCCUGUUGGGAUACGAGUCAAUGAUCACAAUCACUUAGAAUUGGUAUUCAAGCAUGAUGAAAGUAAUCGGUUGCGGGAACUAAGAAGGGUCAGGUUGAACAAGGCAUAUUAA